UGUAUAUUUCCUGAUCCUAUUUGCAGUUCUAUAAAGUCAAUCCUCGAAUCCUUGACUAAUAUCAUCUUCAACAUGCGUCUCAUCGAUCUCGCGCUCCCUGUCGCCCUCGCCUCCAUUGCCCAAGCCAAGAAAAAGAGCAUUUACUACUACCUGGACCAUUCUUGUACCGACGGGUCUUUCGGUGCUUACGAAUCUUGCGUCCACUGGGAUGAGCGGUCGUGCUGCUAUACCGAGCACAAAGUAGCCUCAGCAUCCAUCAGUCUUCAUACAGAAGACCAGACUGCGUACUUCUUCUCUAGCUCGAAUCCCUACUGCUCGAGGCUAGUUUCUACAGUCCAAGGGCCAGGCAAUCACUGCGUCAAAUCUGAAGGGCUCGAUGUGAUUAAUGGUGUUGGCUGGGUCGAUAACGCUGCCAAGGUUACACUAGGGGAGGGUGCCACAGAGGAGAGAAAGGCAAAUCGGGUAGCAGAGUGCAGCACGUCUGUCAAGACCAGCGUCUUUGGACUUCGGAUGGGAGAUGGCGAUCUAGAGAUACAGGUCGAGAGUGUGGACUCGUACGAGCGGCUCUACAGGGACUUCCUAGGUCUCAGCAUGACUCGUGUUGAUAUGCAAGCUUGGUUCAUACGUAAGGGUGCUGUGUUUGUUGCGCAGGAACAAAACAUGACUGUUUCUCUUGUUGAUAAAUAGAGUCGUCAAAUGUUGAUUGGAAACGGAACGGUACGAUCGCAAGUUUGUUGGGUU